GUUAGAUUACACGUAGUGGGUAAAUACAAUUUCGUCCAAUCGAAUUUGUAAAUCUUGGAGGAUUGGCCCAUUUGUUGGACAACGUUAUAUUGUCAUUCUCCGACUUCAUCUUCCCCUCUUCAGGUAUAUUGAGUAAAAUCAGAAACUUCUCAAGGAAACAAUGUCUGAAAAGAAAUGCCCAGCAGCUGGUACCAGUCCUUUCCGGAACUGGCAGCGACCAGACUUGCCAAGUAAAUGCACGUACUAUGAGGCCAAGUCUAUGAAAGAUUCACCUCACAACCACAAAGAACUAAAACCAAAACCAAAGAUAAUGCCGAACAUCCUGUACAAUAUUGGUAACACUCCACUGGUGAGAAUUAACAGAAUAACAAAGGCAGAGGACGUCCAGUGUGAUGUUUAUGCUAAAUGUGAAUUUUUCAAUGCUGGUGGCAGUGUGAAGGACAGGAUAGGACUGAGGAUGAUAGAGGAUGCUGAGGCAGCAGGGAUCUUAAAACCUGGUGAUGUCCUCAUUGAGCCAACAUCUGGCAACACAGGUAUUGGUAUUGCCUUGGCUGCAGCUGUGAAGGGAUACAGAUGCAUAAUUGUGAUGCCUGAGAAAAUGAGUAUGGAGAAGGUUGAUGUAUUGCGAGCUCUUGGUGCGGAGAUUGUGAGGACACCCACCAGUGCUGCGUUUGACUCACCAGAGUCCCACAUUGGAGUGGCAAAACGACUGAUGGAGGAGAUUCCCAAUUCCCACAUUCUUGAUCAAUAUCGUAAUGCCAGCAAUCCACUAGCUCAUUUUGAUGGCACUGCUGAGGAAAUUCUCCAAGCUUGUGAUGACAAAGUAGAUAUGGUGGUGGUUGGAGCUGGUACAGGAGGAACCCUGACUGGAAUUGCACGCAAAAUUAAGCUGAGGUGUCCCAACUGUAAAGUCAUUGGAGUAGAUCCAGAGGGGUCAGUCAUUGCAGAACCAGAAUCUCUGAAUAAGACUGACACCACAUUUUAUGAGGUAGAGGGAGUGGGAUAUGACUUUAUUCCCACUGUGUGUGACAGAAAGCUAGUUGAUAAAUGGUACAAGUCCUGCGAUAAGGAAUCUUUCAUCAUGGCUAGACGACUGAUAAGAGAAGAAGGACUACUUUGUGGUGGAAGCUCUGGUUCAGCAAUGUCCAUUGCCAUGAAGUCAGCAAAAGACUUUGGACUUAAGGAGGGACAGAGGUGUGUGGUGAUACUGCCAGACUCCAUCAGGAACUAUAUGACCAAGUUUCUGAGUGAUGAUUGGAUGAGUCAGAGGGAAUUCCUUGAGGCCAGCCAAUCAGCAAAGGCUGCAGAGGAAUGUCCAUAUGGAAAGAACAGGUGGUCCUCAUUAAAUGUGAGUGCCCUGCAGUUAAGAGCUCCUCUGACUGUGACUCCAGCAGUCACUAUCCAGGAGACACUUGAUCUUCUCAACAAAGAGGGUUUUGACCAAGUGCCAGUUGUUAAUGAUGCAGGAGACAUUAUGGGAAUGGUGACUGUUGGCAAUAUGAUGGCUCAGGUCGUGAGGUCUAAGAUCAAACCCUCAGAUCCAGUUUCUAAAGUCAUGUACAAACAAUUCAAAAUGGUAUCCAUGGCAACAAGUUUAGGAGAAAUUUCAAGAAUGCUUGAUACUGACCACUUUGUUUUGGUUGUUCAUGGACAAAGACAAUAUGAAGGUAAUAACUUAAUGUCCAAAAAACAGAUGAUUUUUGGCAUUGCCACAAGGAUAGAUCUGCUAAACUUUAUCACACAGCACCAGAAACUUGAAAACCAGUGAACAUUAGAUGAAGGAAGCAAAUUCAAUCUGGGACCAGAUAGUUAUUAUUCUAAUAUUAUAUGUUUAAUCAAAUUGUUUAUGUUUGUCUUUUGAAUCAAAUCAGAUUUUUCAUUUAUUUUUACAUUUCACACCAAAGGAAAGUUAUCAUAGCUGUCCUAAGUUUCUAAAUAUUAACUAAUAUAAUACAUGUAUAUGUUUACCAAAUAAUU